AUGAUUAAUAAUCUCAAGUCUCUGCAAUCAAUUUUUGGUUAUGAUAUGUCUGCCAAGCCACAAUAUUGGAUUGUAAAGAAUAAAAUUUGCAUCCUUUUGAAGCCUCAGAUAUUAAAGAUUUUUUCCCGUUUCUUUUCAGAAAAUAAUAAAAGCAGCUAUUUUUACAAAAAUAUAGCUAUACUAGUUGUAAUUGCCCGAGUGCGGACUCUACCACUUGGAUGGUAG